AUAUGAUAUUUACGGACUACUCACCUCCCUCUGAUAAAAACAAACCGUGUGUUACUGGGUUUACGGUUUUGAAUUAAUUUCUAAAAGUCCGAUAUGGAAUCCGCCCUAUUGAUGUUUAUUCUUGUUAUAAUUAUCCUCUCCAGAUUUCUGUUAUGGUCCUGUUUCAGCAAAUACGUAGACUACAAGCUAGCGAAAAGAUAUCCUGAUAGGUUAAAGAAUGACUGACACAUUUCUGUUUGUCUCAUCUGAUGUUUAAAUGUCUCAUUAAGGAAAACUAUGCAAAUUGAUAGUAAAAUUAAUUAUCAACAAUCAAGAGGCCAAUGGAUGAAUAUUGGCCCAGGGAGGACCCUCAGUCCAUCCACCAGCCUGGAAGGAAUCACGUCUAAAGAUCAAAAACUAUAUCUGUUACUUCUAUUCAAAUGUUUUGCAUGAUUAAAAAGAUUUUUCAAAAUACACAUUUCUAACGUAAUAUUAACAUAAAGAAAAAACAAAAAGGGGGAAAAAAAACAUACAUCCAAUAUACAUUAUCAGACAAUAUGAAUAAUUCAAACAGUAUCAAUUGUAUGAUGAAAGCAAUAAUUGUUCUACACAGUAAAAAUGGAGUAAUAAAAGGGUAAUACAUUGUAUUUGCUGUUGCAAAAAUUAUGUAACAUCCGUGACCAAGUAUGGACUAGAUUACAAUUAAUAUGUACGACAUGUCUCAUCAUCCCAAACAUUCCAAACAUUUUUAGUUUAGAAUUUACAGGUGAUUGCUGUC